AUGAGAAAGAGGGUUGAUGAGUUAGCAGGAACCGGCGAGUUAGAGCGAAUGGUCGUGGAGCGGUCAAAACCCAAAAGGCAUCAGGAGACUAGACAAGGAACAAGACAAAGUUUUAGUCCAAAAAGAAUGCACCCUGUUAAUAACCUCCAGGACAGGGGGCGAGGUUGCCCCCAAAAGGCGACAGGAACAGGAUAUGAAGAGGUAUUUGUAGCGGAUAGAGGACACAAACAACCAAAGCUUAGCAAUGAGCGAAUGGUGAUAUCCUUUGAAGAGGCGAACAGGGAAGGAGUCCUGUAUCCGCAUGACGAUGCUCUAGUAAUUACCCUCGUAAUAGCCAAUUAUGCAACCAGGCGGAUGCUAGUAGACAAUGGGAGCUCGGCUAAUAUACUGUUUUGGGAAGCGUUUGUCAGAAUGGGGAUUGAUGUUGGCAAACUGAGGCUCUCCCCUACACCAUUAAAGGGUUUCUCAGGGGAUACUGUCCAGCCCAUAGGAGCAAUCACGCUUCCGGUAACUGCAGGAACUGGAUCGCUGACGGCAACCACCAUGACCCAUUUUUUAGUAGUAAAAGCUCCUUCCUCUUACAAUGCUAUAUUGGGAAGGCUGACACUCAACCACUUGAAAGCUGUAACAUCUACCUACCAUCUCAAUAUGCAUUUCCUAGCCGAUAGCAGUGUGGGUGGGAAGAGGGACUACUACCCGUAUCAGAACACAAGUCCCGUCAGCAAUAGAGAAGCCCCGAUACAGUUGUUGGUAGAACACAGGGACAUCUUUGCGUGGAGCCAUGAAGAGAUGCCUGGUAUAGACAACAAGGUCAUUGAGCACUGCUUAGGGGUAGACCCAACACACAAGGCAGUGUGA